CUCAAUAAAAUUAGUAAACAUAAAAGUAAAUUCCUUCACGGAAGCUUCGUGGACUUUUUAUUUUAGAAAUCUAAAAGUCUAUGAAAGAAAAGUAAGAGUUUUAAGACAUGCGGCUUUUACAAUCAAUCUUUUUUCGAGCAUUAAAAGAGCGGCGUUUUAAGUACAGAUACUUCAGCAUAAAGAAAAGUAACAGUUAUGUCUCCAAGAAUGGAAGCCUGCCAUUCAGCGAUGUCACCGUGGCUGACCUCUUGGAUAAUGCAUCUGACACGUAUGGAGGCCAUACUGCUUUGAUAUCUGCCCAUCAAAAUAUUGCAAAAAAUUAUUGGGAGCUUAGAAAUGAGGCAGAAAAACUCGCGUCUGGUUUCAUAGCUUGCGGUUUACAAAAAGGAGAUAAAAUAGCUAUUUAUAGUCCUAAUUGCUACGAAUGGUCACUAACGCAACUGGCUGCUGCCAAGUCUGGUUUGAUUUUGGUUGCUAUAAAUUAUUCAUGCACACCUCAAGAAUUGGAAUAUUGUUUGAAAAAAGUAAGUUGCAAAGCUGUCGUAUCCUUUAACAAACUUGAACAUCAAGAUUUUUAUGAAACUUUCAAUAAAAUCAUACCCAAUCUGAGAGCAAACAAAGCAGGGCGAAUUCAAAGUGACAAGUUUCCUAGUUUAGAGAAAGUUAUUAUGAUGUCGGAUGAGAACAAAGAAGGAACGAUACGUUUUAAAGAUGUGCUAGAGAGUAGGAAUAGAGAGAGUGAUAUUGCUCUAUCUCAAAUUAAGAAGACUAUUCAAUUUGAUGAUCCAUCGCAUAUUCUAUUCACAUCAGGAACAACUGGUUAUCCAAAAGCAGCAAUUCUUAAUAACCAAAAAGCACUCAACAAUUUAAUUCGAAUAUUUUAUCGCUUGGGUUUCGACAAAAUGGAACCAGUAAUAUGCUGUCCAGUGCCAUUUUUUCACAUCUUUGGUUGCCAUAUUGGAACAUUAGGAAUGAUCUUAAGCAAAUCUACCACAAUUUUACCUAGUGCUACAUACAAUUACGUUAAAAACUUGAAUUGUAUUGAAAAAUAUAAGUGCAACGUUAUGUACGGAACGCCAACUAUGCUAGUAGAUUUACUAAGGCGAUCCAGAGAACUCCAGAUGGAUAUAAGUACCAUAAAUACAAUUGCUACAGGAGCGUCUCCUAUUCCAGAAAGUCUAAUGAAAGAUUUAUACUCGAGUUUUAAACAGCCAAAUAUUCAUGUGAUGUAUGGUCUAACAGAAUGUGGAGCUAUAGCACAAAUGGGAAGUGACAUUGAUUGCGAAACUGCAAUGAAAGGGUUUCUUGAGCCCUGUGAGCAAACAGAGGUCUCUUUUGUUUCCCAGCUCAAGAUAAUUGACAAUAAAGGUUUUGUUGUCCCAAAGAAUGUUAAAGGAGAGAUAUGUAGUAGAGGAUAUACAACUUUCUUGGGAUAUUUUGACGAUAAAAAUAAAACAGCCAAAUCAGUAGAUAAGAACAAUUGGUUUCAUACUGGGGAUAUAGGUAUCAUGAACAAUAAGGGAUGGGUGAAAAUUGUUGGAAGAAUCAAAGAUAUGGUGAUCCGAGGUGGAGAAAAUAUUUUCCUAACAGAAGUAGAAAAUUUCUUAAGUACUCAUCCAGCUGUUCUUCAAGUAAACAUAUGUGGCGUUCCUGAUGAAAGAUUGGGAGAAGAACUUUGCUGUUGGAUUGUUUUAAAACCAAACAUGAGUCUCACAGACGAAGAUGUUCGAGAAUAUUGCAAAGGAAAGAUAAGUCAUUACAAGAUACCUCGAUAUGUAAUGUUCGUGGAAGAUUUUCCAAAAACAACCACAGGGAAAAUUAAGAAACAUGAAAUGACGGAGAUUUCUAAAACGAAGCUGAGCUUGUAACACCAUCAAAAAACUAAAAUAACUAGCUCAAUUCUUUCUCUAUUUUUGUUUUUAAUUUGAAUAUCUUUAAAAGAUUCUUUAUGCUACUUUUGAAAUUUGGUAUUUAUCAAAUGUUUAUCUGCACAUAUGUUGUGAUGAUUUAAAAUUUGAAUUUUAUAUAAAACCUGCAAUUCCUCUUGCUAUUUUUUAAUAAUUUUUUAUGCUUCCAGUAUAAACUUUUUUAUUUUUUAUCUCAUAUCAUCCUUAGUAUCUUUGUAUAUUCUCAUAUUAUUACAUAAUCCUUUAAAAAUAUACAUGCAAUUUCAGUAUACACCCUAUAUGGAUCAAGCGAUUUCAAAUUUGCUUGUUUUUUGCAUGACUUGCUUACAACAUUGUAUUUUAUAUGUUUGUAUAACCACCUGUUUUGAAAAAAUACUAAUGUCUGAAUCGUAAUAUUCUACUCUUAAAUGGAUUUUUUAACCUUGAUUACAAGAAUGCAAAACGUUAUUAAAGUAUGAGUACAAAUUUUAAUCUUAACAAUAAAACACAGAAUUUUAUUUCUCAGAAACAAACUUGUUCUGUUGUUUUCUCUUAAGAAACAACUUAUGCUCUAUACUUUCCGUUUCACUUGUUAGUAGCAAUGAAAUUAUUUAUUUCAAAAACAAAGUGCUUCCAAUUAUUAAAGCUUUACCAAAAUAAUAUAAGGUGAGUAAAUCUGCAAUUAUUAUUUUCAUCAUUUUUGAAGUCAGAAGUAAAAUAAAUUUUUUGAAGCAAUUAGAAUCAAUUUGAAAUUAUUUGACAAAUGCAUACCACAAACCUGAGUGACCAUGAUCAUAUAUAUGCGAGAGUUAUUCAAAUCCAAUAUUAUAUUAUAUUAUUCAAAUCCAAUCAAUGUUAUUGAAAUUAUAUUAUUCAAAUCCAAUCAUUGUUUGUAUUUAGUUGGAUCAUUUUUUAAUUAACUACCUUAAACAUGAGUGACUCUAUUUAACGUUAUUUUAUUUUAUUUUUAAUUAAUAUAUAUUUUACGCCUGAAUACAGACAUUUAUUUAAUUCUUGCGUAAUUCAGGUGACUAAGAAGUUAGGUUUUGAAUUGAAUUUAAACGUUGUUUGAGAAAAGUUAGAAAAAAAAGCAUUCUGUUAUUAUUUACGUACCUUAAACCUGAGCAACUUAAUUAACCAUACAAAAUAUUUAAACUAUAUUUUAGAUUGAGUGCAAAGAAAUAAAUAAUUCUUACGUAAUUUGGAAGACUUAGAAGGUAGAUUGUGAAUUUAAAUGGAUCCUUGUUUACAUAUAAUUGGAAGUACAGAACUUUGUUAUUGUUUAAGUUUUUAAAUUAGUAUAAGUCAUGAAACUUUUUGGAGUAACCGAUGAAGUUGUAAAGGCAUUUUGCAAAAGGUAGUUGGUAUAAACCACAAGUAUUUUUUUUU